GAUGAGAACAGAUCAAGUGAUGUUGUCCAACAAGAACACAAACACAUGUUGUGUGGUUUCUUCUUCUUCUUCUGAUCCUUUCCUCUCCUCUUCAGAAAAUGGGGUCACCACCACAAACACAUCCACUCAGAAGAGGAAAAGAAGACCUGCAGGUACACCAGAUCCAGAUGCAGAAGUUGUGUCUUUAUCACCAAGAACUCUUCUUGAAUCAGACAGAUACAUAUGUGAGAUCUGUAACCAAGGGUUUCAAAGAGACCAGAAUCUCCAGAUGCAUCGAAGACGUCACAAAGUUCCAUGGAAGCUUCUUAAAAGAGACAACAACAUAGAGGUGAAGAAACGAGUCUAUGUUUGCCCUGAACCCACUUGUCUUCACCAUGAUCCUUGUCAUGCUCUUGGAGAUCUUGUCGGUAUCAAAAAACAUUUCAGAAGAAAACAUAGUAACCAUAAGCAAUGGGUUUGUGAGAGAUGCUCUAAAGGUUAUGCUGUUCAAUCUGAUUACAAAGCUCAUCUCAAAACUUGUGGUACUAGAGGACAUUCUUGUGACUGUGGUCGUGUCUUCUCCAGGGUGGAGAGUUUUAUUGAACAUCAAGAUAACUGUUCCGUACGGAGAGUUCACCGUGAACCGCCUUUACCGCCACAAACCGCGGUAACAGUCCCGGCAUGCUCCUCUAGAACCGCCUCAACCGUCAGCACUCCGUCUAGCGAAACCAAUUACGGCGGUUCAGUUGCGAUUGCGACUCCUCUACCCCUAGAAGGCCGUCCUAUUCAUCAAAGAAUCUCAUCUUCAAUUCUCACCAACUCAUCAAACAAUCUCAACCUCGAACUCCAGCUUCUUCCACUAUCAUCGAAUCAAAACCCUAAUCAAGAAAACCAACAACAAAAAGUUAAAGAACCAUCUCAUCAUCAUAAUCAUAAUCAUGAUACCACAAACUUAAACCUUUCCAUUGCACCAUCAUCAUCAUAUCAACAUUACAACAACUUUUAUCGUAUAAAAGAGAUUAUGGCGAGCGAGCAAAUCAUGAAGAUGGCGAUGAAGGAGAAAGCUUAUGCAGAGGAAGCUAAAAGAGAAGCGAAGAGGCAACGAGAGAUAGCGGAAAACGAGUUUGCGAAUGCUAAAAAGAUAAGGCAAAAAGCACAAGCUGAACUCGAGAGAGCUAAGUUUUUGAAGGAACAAUCCAUGAAGAAGAUAAGCUCAACGAUCAUGCAAGUCACUUGCCAAACUUGUAAAGGACAGUUUCAAGCAGUUGCGGUUCCGGCGGGUGCGGCUGACGAGACGUCUCUUGUCGUGAGUUACAUGUCGUCAGCGAAUACCGACGGAGAGCUGGAAAAUGGAUUUUAAGUAAAACCAAAGAAAAAAGCAUAAGAUAUUUAAAUUAAGGUUAACUUUAUUAUAUAUUUGUGUAUUACUUACCCGAUCGGGUUGUGUUAAUUUUUUGAAUUACCAUAUAUUAUGUAAUGGUUGUCAUAUAGUUGUUAAUCUUUUGGUCCAACAGUAUUACCAUAUGUAUCGUAACUAUUUUACUGUCAUUAACAAAAUCUAAUGUUAGUU